AUGAUUCGUUGUUCAUGGAUAAUCUUGCUAUUCUUCAUUUAUACAGUUAUAUCACUUCCAGAUCAAUCUCAAUCAUGUGUAACAAAUGAAAAGAUUCCUUUUACUGGUUAUAAAGUAGAGUAUCAAUUAAAUCUCUACAGUUUUAAAGGUGAUUACCAUUUACUUUAUUGUAAUGAUAACAAACUUCUUUAUGAUAGAAAUCUAAAUGAAACAAUUCCAUGGACUAUGCCAAUUAAUUUUAGUAGUUCAUCAACUGAACAUUCUAACACAUUCAUUCUAGCAAGAAGAAAAUCGUUUGCCUUGAGAAGUUUACCUAUUUUCAUGCCCAAUACUUUAGUAGGUUCAUUAUAUUAUGGUGAAGAUUUGGAUAAUAUACAAUUUAAACCUUUAAACACAUCAUCAGUAUUAAAAAGUAUCCCCUUGAUGGCAUCAAAUAUAUUUAGAAAUUGGGUUGAAAUGAAUUAUAAAUUAAAUUUAAUUUAUCAUAUUCCAAUAUUGACUACUCCAAGUGUUGACUCUAAAAGAUUCAAUUUUGGUUUUUUUGAAAGUAAUAAAGUUGAAAACAAUUGGGAUAAGUAUAUAUCCAUCAAAGAAGAUUAUAGUUAUAAAUAUGAUUCUAGAGUGGUUAUUCGACAAGCCGUCGAUAAAACAUUUGAUCAUGUGAAUUUUUUGAUCAACGGAAGUAAGUUACUAAAAUGGAAAUUUGAUAAAUCAAACAUCAAAAAGGAUAACGUCGGUGCAAAGCUUUGGUGGAAAGUCAUUUUGUUAUCAAAAGUGUUCAAAGAGGAUGUUUUUGAAAAUAUGGUUAAAAAGAUCGAUGCAGCUUUUAGAUAUUAG